AUGGCGGCAAUCGAGUCGCUAGAACCCUACUCGCUGCGCGAGCCCGAUCACAACCCAGCGCCAUUGGCAUUUCCCCCGCUUCAUCAGCAGCCUGCCCCUGGCUCUGCAUCAGGGCCUGGUUGCCCCUUCUUCCGAGGAGGACAGCAGCACCCGGGGCACCUAGGGCCACAAAAUCAGCAACAACAGCACUUGAGCCUUCCUCCAAUAUCAGCUCCAGGUCCGUUCUCGCCGUUUCGCCCAAGUUCGCACCAGCUACCACAGCUGUUACCGCAUCCCGCGCCCUUUUCGUCACCAGGACCUCAACGUCAUCCCAUACAGACGACAACACAGCCGCUGGCUGCGUCGAGUUCCAGCACGGCAAACAGCAGCCAGGGUCUUUUCACGCCGCCGCCGCCGCCACAGCAGCAGCAGCAGCAGCAACAACAACAACAACAACAUCAACAUCAACAACAUCAACAUCAACAACAUCAACCACAGCGGCAACAGGCGUACCGUCCACUUCAGCAACAACCUCAAGGCUCUCAGGGGCAACCCCAACCCCAACCCCAACCCCAGCAACAACAGCAGUCUCAGGCACAGAGCUUCUUUCAACAGUCACAGCAGUUGCUUCCCCUCCCGCAGCCAACACCACCCACGCUCCCACACCCCCACUUCCAUUCCCAGGCACACCAUUACCAUCACCACUCCCAAUCUCUCUCCUUCAACACUGGUAGUACCGGUAAUACCUCGGCCUCGUUUAGCCCAUUCAGCCCUAUUCACCCAUUAAACAAUAGCACUCCGCCCGGUCAUCUUUCGCAAUACGAUUCUGUGCACCUUGCCAGCAUCAGCUCGUGGACCUCAGGUGCGAGAUCAGCAACGCCGUGGCCUGAGCCCGCGAAUGCACAUCUGCAUCAACACAACGCACAGCACACACAGAGCACGCCGGGUACACAAAGCACGCAAAGCACGCAAAGCACCCAGGGACCCCAAGGAACCCAGGGAUUGCAGAGCUUGCAAUUCCCAGCGCAGUACACGCAGUACACACAGUACCCGCAACAGCCAGGGCAAUUUGGAUCUGGUCAGACCCCGAGCCUGAAUCACAGACCGUCAGUGUCAGUGUCGGACCCAGCAACAGACCCGACCUUCUCGACUCAGCCACCAGUAACUGGCUCAACUGCGCCAGGUGUACCUAUAACGUCAACAGCAGCCGCAGCAACAAUUGGGAGCAGCGUGAGCCACGGCGAAGCGGGUAGCUUGAACCGUGCGGGUAGUUCCUUAAGCACACUCGGUUCGGACUCGCGCGGGGCAGUCAGUACAGGUGGUACUUCAUCCCAAGAGGGCACUGCUGCCGUCAGCGCCGGACCUUCGCUCCCUGGCGCAGCUGCUGUGCAACCACUUUUAAACCCACCUGCUGCCCAGGAGUUCUGGUCUCCGACUUUUUCUCUCCAGAGCCCAGGAUUCUCGCAUCACACCACCACCACCACCACCACCACCACCACCACCACCACCAACAACAACAAUAACAACAAUAACAACAACAGCAGCAACACCAACCACGUCCCCAACUCCCACCAAGGUUACCACAGCCAACUCCCGCCUCUUGUGCCGGCCAUAUUUCCAAAUCCGCCGCCAUCAAUCCCGCAUCCCCACCAACACCAAAGCCAGCAGCAGCAACAGCAGACCGCCUGGCACCAUCGGCCGAACCAGCCUCUGCCAACGCCAUCGACACAUCCGGGGAUCGGUCGGUCAGGACCGACGGACACUCCUUCUCCUAGCAAUACUGCCCCGACCGCCCAGCAGGCCCCCUCUACGCAAACAACAAUGAACUUCCAGCGCGGAGGACAUCUUCCUCCUCCCCGUGACCUGAGUCUGCCCUCCCUGGAAGCGAUUUCGACUUUGAAUCCGCCCAACUCCAAUACGGCUGGGGCUGCAAGCAUCAAUAAUACCGCUACGACCUCAUCGCAAGCUGCCCAACCAUAUCAUACAGUAAGCCAUUCCCGACUGGAUCAUGGCCUACAUAUGAGCCAGCCCCCUCCAUUCCGAGACAUGAUUCGUUCUGCGGUCGAGGAGACCACGCGAGCGCUCAAUACUCUAGGGCCAAGACGCUCCUCUGUGUACCAAACUUUAGAGAGCCCGGCCAGUCCCAGACGUGACUCCCCCCACCGGCAACCAGACAAUAGUUCGGGCUCUCAGCGAACCGAAGGAACUUUUGCCACGUCGCGGAGUCCCAUGCCCACGCUAUUCGGCUCGGAGAAUGCGCCUUCUGCUCCCAUUCCCAUUCCAGUCCCCUCUUCGGUCUCUGAUCGCAAUCGUCGCUUUGCUGCCCACCCCCCAACCCACAUACGGGACGACUUCGACAGCGAUGACGAAGAAGACGAUGAUGACGGGAGAGAUUCGCUCAUGGAUGAGGAUGAAGCUGUCUUACGCUACAUUGCCGGCGGUCCAAAUGCCCUCUUCCCCAAUUGGCGCGGUCUUCCAGAAGACCAGCUGCGAACCGUUCAGAUUCUCCGUGGCCAAAUGUCUAACAAGCGAGUCGCAUCCCGGAAAGCUUUGGCCAUGCUAGAGAGUGUCCCUCUUGAGACGCUGCCCGAGAGCGAGAGAACCUGUGUUAUCUGUUACAAUGAUUUUGGGCAGCCGACCCCCGAGGGCCACAUCGAGGCCCCGCUGCGCCUGCCCAAGUGCAAGCACAUCUUUGGAGACUACUGCAUCAAGAAGUGGCUUGAGGAUUCCGACAGCUGUCCGUAUUGCCGUGACAAGUUGCCCUCGGAGCCUGCCAUUCCACAAAGCUACCGGGCUGUGCAUGAUCUCCUCCGGAGUGCUAUCUCACGCCAUCGGCAGACGGCCCGACAGUCUGAGAGCCGUCGCCAUGCAAGUUCCGAGACAAGCCAACUCCAUGCUGCAGACUCUCAGGAGCACAGCACUGGGCAGCAGCGCUCGGGACAACAGGACAACGCUGCUCCCAGAUCCUCUCAAACAGGCGAGAGGCGUCUUCAUCCCAGCGAAGGACCAGAAUCCCGAAGGAGGACUCGUGCUCGUCAUACUCACCGUUCUUCCCUUACCGCUUCAUCUACCGGAACUCCGCGUCCCCCGGCCACCACGGGCACCCCAGGCUCCCAGAACAGCCCGCCUCGCGAACGUCCCACAAGUAUACUGCUCAAUUACUAUAACCAGCAGUACUCGCUUGGCCCUUAUCAACAGCUGCGCCCUCAGCCCCCGUCGACUACUUUGGCCACAAAUUUGAUGUCUCCGACUACGUCUGGUAACGGCGCAGCCCCCACACCUGCGACUAUUAACAGCCCCACGAGACCAGUUGCUGCCAUGAGCUACGAGUACCAACAAGACAUCCACUGGUCAGCUCUCCGCGAUCCCCCUUAUACUCAUGGACCUUCCUAUAUGCCACCACUUAACCCGAAUUCUUUUGUCGCGUGGAAUGGAACUCCCUCAAUGCCGCCGAUUACUCAGCCUCACCCUUCUACGAUCCCUACCGGAGUAACUAGCGGUCCCGAUAGAAAUGUUGCUGGUGGACGCCGUGAUGGAUCGUCGGCUUCAUCCUCAACAGAUGAGAUGGAGGUAGACAGCUGGGAGUCUCAAGAGAGUGCGGCUGCGAUGGGCGCCAGGAAUCACUAA